AUGUCUAUUUGGAUAUCAAAAAAUAGUAACGAUGCUGAGAGUUCAUUGCAAGAGUGUUCAAAAAAACCAUAUACUAAAAUUGAUCUGAUUGGUAAGCUGCACAUUAUUCACGCUUUAGACAAUGGCCAACCAAAAGCAGAUAUCGCUAGGGAUUAUGGGGUCCAUCCUCAAACAAUAACAUAUAUAUACAAACAAAAAGAAGCAUUAAUAAGAAAAUAUUCACAGAAGUAUAACCUUCUUAAGGAAGUUCGGUGCAUUAACCUCAACCAGACUUUAUUAGAUUGGGUUACAAGCGAACUUAAAAGUGGAAAAAUUAUUAAAGAAGCCCAACUGCGCGUAAAAGCUGAAGAAAUAAUAAAUACUAUGUGUGAAGACUUUAAUUGUGUAGAUGAUUGGUUACUAGAUUUUCGGAGAAGAAAUAAUAUAUUGAAAUUUACUUCUGAAAUCGUAUGUAGUGAUGUAGCAAAAGAUGAAUGGCAUACAUUUGUUAAUGAUUUAGAUGUCAGUAACUUGUACAUUGGUGGUGUUUUUGGAUUAUAUUACUCAUUUGAUUUUGAUAAAUAUGUAAGUAAGCAAAAAGCAGAUAAACAUGUAUGUGUGUUUUUCAUAGUUAAUUGUUGUGGAGCUGACAAAAAGGAAUUAGUUGUUAUUGGAGAUGAAUUAAUUGAGUGCAGUAAUAUUAAAAGCUUACCUGUAAAAUAUAUUUACAGUCAAAAUUUAAACUUAAGUAAUAAUACAAUUGGAAACUGCUUAAACAAAUGGAAUAAUGAUUUAAAAACACAAAAUCGAAAAGUAUCUUUAGUAAUGGAUGUUUCAGAAAACUUGUUAAACAAUAUCAGUUAUGGAAAUAUUGAAAUAAAAAGACUGAUAAAUAUGGAGUUUAUUACAAAAAACAUUAAAAUGAUUGAAAAAUGUUUUAAAUUUCAUUACAGAAGAAUCCAAAUGACUAAAAAACUACUCUAUAACAAAGAUUCAAGUGUGUUGUCAUUAGUAGAUUAUACUCAAAUAAUGAGUGUAGCAUGGCACAGUGUGUCAAAUGAAUAUAUACAUAGGCUUUUUUUCCCGCUUGAGAAUGAUAGCCUUUACUUUAACUGUUGUGAUGCUAAUGAUUCCAACCAUAGUUUGUUACAGUGGUGUAAAUUGCAUAAUAUACCUUGUGAUCUUGUAAAGUAUUCAGAUGACUUGGACAAUUUUAUUCAGUGUGAUAAAGAUCUCCCAAUAAUGUGUAGAAAUGUAACAAAUGAUUUAAUUCUUAAUGUAAACGACACUCUCUUAGAAAAUGAUGUUUUACCUUCAUCAGGUGUACAAGCUUAUCAAGCUAUAAAAAGACUCAUUACUUAUUUACAAAGCCAAAAUGCAAAAAAAUCUAUUGUAAGUAGUGCAAAGACCUUAGAAGAUCAUUUAGAAUAUGGAGCACUUCAAGAAAUUCAACAAGUAAUGGCUACAAAUAAUAUUCCUGAAUAA